CAAUCGUACCAGUACGACGUGCGUACUGCCGAUGACAGUUUGAGGGAAGUCUUCAUUUGUUAAUGUUAUUUUAAAAUUAGUUGGCCGAACGGCCUCAUUUUUGAGUAUGUAGUGUUAGUGGUGAAAAUAUCGGUGAAAUGGCGGAUGUUUUCUGUAGGCGCACUCUGGGAUUACUGCUGCUCUUUGUAUUUAUUCAUCGCGCGGAUUUUCAUCUACCUGUAACAAAGGCUGAACCACAUCCUGCCCCCGACUUCAGCAGACAUACACUUGUCAAACCAAGAAUAUAUCAUGGGAGAGAAAAAAGACAAAUUUCAACUACAAAAGAAGAGGACGGGAAACAUCUACAUCACUUAACCAUUAGUUAUAAUGCCGAAGGAAAGGAGUACGUUUUGGAUCUCCAGCUGAAUAGAAACUUAAUUCCGAAAGGCUACUUUAGACGUCACCAGGAAAAUGGGAAGAAAGUCGUUAAUCGGCCCAAGGAAGAGAAUAUAGACCUGUGCCACUACCACGGAACGAUAAAAGGAAUACCGAAUUCGUGGGCCGCCAUUUCAACAUGCGACGACGACGGUAUCUCCGGUAUGGUCUUCGACGGGACCGAGGUGCAUUACAUCGAAAAACCGAGCGACGGAAACGUGCAAUUUGAGAGUGACCACUAUUUUUAUAAACAUUCCGACUUGGUGCCCAACAACAAAUCGUGCGGGUACGGUGAUCACGAUCACCUGGCGACGCGUCUACCUGUAAAUAACCGUAUAUUAAGAUACAAGCGUGGCACGGACUCGCAAAGUACCUUGAAAGGACCGUACAACGCGAAUAGGCAAUCGAGAUAUGUAGAACUAAUUUUAGUGGUGGAUAACGCCGAAUUCAAAGAGAUGGGGGAGAACCACCGGAGGGUGGAGCAUCACUGCCAACAAAUCGCUAACAUUAUUAACGCCCUAUACGCGCCUUUAAAUAUAUUUGUCGCGCUGGUAGGUAUAGUCAUUUGGUCCGAACAGGACGAGCUCACUUUCUCAACCAAUGGCGAUACGACGCUGACGAAUUUCUUACACUAUCGCAAGGAUCAGCUGAUCAAGGAGCAUCCCAACGACAACGCCCAGCUACUCACGAAGUUUUCCUUCGAGCACGGUGUCGUAGGUAAAGCUCUAAAGGGACCAAUUUGUACCAUCGAGUACUCGGGCGGCGUUAACACGGAUCACUCGCCGAUUAUCGGACUGGUAGCGACCACGGUCGCACACGAAAUGGGGCACAACUUCGGAAUGGAACACGAUACCAACGAGUGUGUAUGCCCGGAGGAGCGGUGCAUUAUGGCUCCCAGCAGUUCUUCAACUCCGCCGACGCAUUGGUCGUCUUGCAGCUUGGAGUACCUGGCUUUGGCGUUCGAGCACGGCAUGGACUAUUGCUUGAGAAAUAAGCCGCAAGCUCUGUUUGCUAGUCCCGUUUGCGGGAACGGGUUCGUUGAACCGGGCGAGCAGUGCGAUUGCGGGUUACCGAAUCGUUGUGAUAACACCUGUUGUAAUGCGACAACGUGUAUGUUGUACGGUAACGCUACAUGCGCAACGGGUGAAUGCUGUGAUCUCAAGACUUGUCGUCCCAAGUCCGCCAGUACUCUCUGCCGAUCGGCCGAUUACGAAUGCGAUCUACCCGAGUAUUGCACGGGGCAGUCCGAGUAUUGCCCCGCCGACAUUUACAAAAUGGACACGGAAACCUGCGACGGAGGAAAGGCCUACUGUUACCAGGGCUUUUGCCGCACGAGGUCCGAUCAGUGCAAAUUGCUUUGGGGCGAAACCGGAAAGUCGAGCGACGAUCAGUGCUAUCUGCUGAACACCAAGGGUUCCCGUCACGGCAACUGCGGUUACAAUAAGUUGAAUCAAUCGUAUUUUAAGUGCAAGGACGAAGACAUCUUUUGCGGAAUGUUGCACUGUAAACAUUUAAACGAAAGGUUGGAGUUCGGGAUGGAGUCCGUCGCGAUACUCUCGCAUAGCUUUAUAAAUGUCAAGGGAUCCGUCGUUCCGUGCCGUACUGCCUUAGUCGAUUUGGGGAUAAAUCAGAUCGAUCCGGGACUGGCGCCCGACGGUGCGAAGUGUGGGGAGUCUAAGAUGUGCGUCAAUCAAAAGUGCAUGUCUAUAGAAAGUUUGAGAAUGGCGGAGGCAACGUGCCCGAACGAUUGCAACGGGAAUGGUAUAUGUAAUAGCUUGGGUCACUGCCAUUGUAGGGAUGGAUUUGCGCCGCCAUUUUGCGAUCUGCCAGGGUUUGGAGGCUCUGAGGAUAGCGGACCGACUAGCGAUCCAGAAGGCCGAAACGAUUUCGUUACAGCUCUCUUCAUCAUAUUUUUGGGCAUCCUGCCGGCAUUGGCGAUAGUCGGCUUUCUGAUGUACUACACGCGCCACAACCUGAAGUUGACGUGGAAGAAAUCCUCACCAUCGAAAGCUUCACCGUCAAAGCCGAGAGGGCUUGGAUCAUUUCAACCGUCUCAAACUACCAGACGCUCUGAAGAUAUCCAUUCGCUUCUGCACGAAGACCAAGCCGGCAAACACGCGCUGAAGAAGGAAUUCUUUGGCAACUUUAAGGGUUUUUCGAUUUCACCGUUGAAAACUCAAGAAGCGGAACCGAUAAGACCAGCUCCUCCUCUCCCCGUUCCUCAACCCGUUGUAAAGACGCCUGUAGUUAACCGAUCUAAUACAACGGCCGGUGUUGUAAGUAAGCCAGUCGUUCGCUCAAAUUCCACCAAGGUGCAAAGUGUGGAAUCUCCCCCCGCGCUUCCGCCGUUAAAUCCGGGCGCAAAUCCGCGACCGAUCAUCUCGUCCCCGAUUUUAGAAAAUUCAACUUGUACAGCGAAGGAGUUGCUUUCACCUUUAAAAAACGUACCGAAAAUUCCCGCGAGGCCCGCGCCUUCUCGUCCCCUCUCCAGCCCCGAUACCAUGAUUAUCUCCACCAUAACCCCCGACGUCAAACCGGUAAAGGAAAACAACAGCGCCCUUAAUCGUAUCGCGUCAUUCUUAAAAACGCAGAGUGCCGCGCCUAAAAAUGCGGUAAAAGCGGCGAAGGUCUUGGACAAAAAUUCUUUGAGAACGAUCGAAAUUUCAAAUCCAAUUCCGCAGUCGUCCAUCGCGAUCCCCACAACGGGCGCGGUCACGGUAUCGGAUGCGAAACCCGUAGUAAUGAGGGCGCAGAGCAUGCGCGGCAGUAACGUCACCCAGCGCCCGAACAUUCCCAAUUUCGGCUCGAUGAGAAAUCCCAGCGGUAUCAAGCGGCCUAUCAGCAUUCCCGCGGCGAACCGUCCGAAAAGUCCGCCGCCGCCCAGACCGUCCCUGCCCGAUUUGCAAGACGACACCAAACCGACCACCGUAAAGGUCCCUACAAUUCCCGGCUACCACAAGCCUUUGAGCGCGGACCUCCAGAGCCACAAUCAGUACGACGACUGCCUGAACGAAGCGACAAAGUUAAUCAAGAUAAAGGAGGAGAAGGAAAGUUCGCCGGUUAGUGAUAAUAUUUACGCGGUAAUCGACGAGACGCCCACUUCGACCGUCUGCUCCCCCGAAAACUCCGUUUCCAGCGACAGCGCGGGAUUGCUUAGCGAAAUCGUUUCCGAAAUACAAAUCCGAAACGGCGAAUCGAUCUACUCGACGUCCACGUUAUCGCGGCGGAAAGACGAUUCGAAGAUCUGCGACACGUCGGAGAUGUACGAGAAUACGUCGCCGAUGUACAAAGUGCCUGAGAGUAUUUAUAGCAAUAUGAACCAGAAUAAAUCGAGCGCCAGUUCCGUUUCAAGCGCCUACAUAGCGCCAUCCAUGGUUAAUCCCCCAAUAAAACCCGCCAACAUCACCAAACCCGUGGGAAUAGAUAACACCAGACCUAGUUUAAGCACUUUUAAAUCAGAUCCGAAACCGGAGAUAAGCGCCCAGAAGCCUUCCCCGCUCCAGAAAGGGCCCUUUAAGACGCAGCGCAUCACCACCAACUCCAUUAACAAGGACCUCACAAAAGUGACCAAAACGCCCCCGCUUUCAAAAUUCCCAAGCCGCCAGUUAACGCCGACCAAUUUACGAACACGCAGACCGUCCCCUACGCGAACCGCCCCACACUCGCCCUCCAACACGUCGAACAGCCCCGAUCUAGUGAUGAGCUGCUCGGCGAGCGAAAACAGUGCGAAAUCCCCCGACGUUUUGAACAACAGUGCGCCGGCGAUACUAAAAAAACCAAAUCUACCCAAAAGUGUUCCUAAAGUAGCUAAACAGAUGGGCCUUAAAAACGCACCGACCGACAUCAAACCGCUCGCCUCAACCAAAGCGGCGAAAGCGCCGACGGCGAGCGGCGCGAAGCGUCAAAAUUCGAACGUUGCCGCGCUACAGCAAAAGUUCGAGAACAAACUGCCAUCCGGCGGCGCGAAGGUCGUCAAAUGAACGACUUAAUUUAUUAAAGACUUCUUUUAAAUUAUUAACGUGAAUGGCAACUACUUAAGAUGAUCGUUUUAUAGGUUUGAUAAAUAUUUGUAAAAAAAAAAGCAUUUACCAUUGUAAUUGAUUAAGAAGAGUAUCGAUAAUUAUACGAACUGAAUAAA